CUUUGUUUACAGUUGACUCCCAGAUCGGGGCGGGGGAGGUUGUGUGUGUGUGAUGGGUGCGGCGAAAUGGGUCGGUGAAGCGAUGGGUGGAUGUAGUGGCGUAUUGUGGAGUACCGGUGGAGUAUGGGGGUGGAGGCAGCGGUUUCUACUGUUCCUCGUAUUGGUUCUGCCUCAAAUGCUGCUGGCUGAUACAGGCUUCCUCGAGUCCAUAGAGAUCCAGCCUGACACGACAGAGGCUCCGUCAGUAGAUCCCAAGCUGGUGGAGGCGCCUGAGAACACGAUGGUGGUGGUGGGCGACCCUGCGAUACUCCGGUGUCGGGCCAAGGGCACGCCGGCCCCCAAGCUGGUCUGGCACGCCCACCGCACCGGGAGAGUGAGGACCGACCCGGCGCGGGGCGUGGCGGUCACCGAGGAAGGCCUGAAGUUUGAGUCUGUGGGCAAGGAGGAUGAGGACUCGUACCGCUGCACCGCCCGGAGUUCCGCAGGGUCGCAGCACUCUGCCUGGGUGGAGCUGAAGGUGCUGGGUGAGUACUGAACCAUGUCUUUUCCCUGUACAGCUGCCCUUAGAAGUGAAAGAUGUCAUGUCCGCAAAUUGUUAAGUGAAAGAGGUCAUGUUUACAAAUUGUGAAGUAAAAGAUGUCUAUAAAAGUUUAAGUGAUAGAUGUUAUGUCUACAUAUUGUUAAGUGAAAGAGUCAUAUUAUCUACAGUUUAUUAAGAUCAGAAACAGACCACCAUCAGCCGACAAACACUUUCACUCUUAAAUCUCUUUCUGAAGGUGAUCUAAGCCCUUAAAGAAUUUAUUAUUUCUUUUUCUCCACGAAGACUGCACUUACUGACGUUGAAUUCCAGUUACUGUUCCUUUGACUAUUCGUAUAUUGUAUUUAAAAUACCUUUGUAAUGCAGCUGCCUCCACCUACACCACGUGAAUAGCUUGGUGAGGCUCAUUAGUGGAGUUCAUUAGUCCAUGCAGUAAUUUCCAUUUGACUGAUAGACCUGAAAUUCACUGGACUUUGUGACAUCAGUUCUUGGGGCAGCUGUACAAUUAUCAUCACAUUUGAUUUCUCAACUUAAUUUUUUAAUAACAAUUAUGUAGAAAUGAGCAUGUGUUCAUUUCCACUGUGUUUAGCGUUCCCCCACAGCUAAGUCCUCUGCUUUGCCAAUAAUCUCUCUGUUACCGGGGUUUGCAAGAGUCAGCAGAUUAGAGGGCUUAGAAUAGUUAAAGAUCCUCGUUUAUCCGUACCCUCAAGAAAUAGUUUGUCAUAUUUUCCCUUGAAAUGUAGAAGGAAGUGCAUGAGAUUACUAGACUUCAUGUACCUGUCCCUCCAUUCCACCUGUCCCUUCACCUGUCCAUCCAUACAGUAACCCUUCUCACCUUUCCCUUCCCCUACAUCCAGCCAGUAGCCCUUUCCCACAAUUCCUUCACUUAUACACCCCUACACCUGUACAUCCUUAUAUUAACCCUUUCCACGUGUACAGCCUUUCAUCCAAUAGUCCUUUUACCUGACCCAUCACCAGCACAUCCAUUCAAUAACUCUUUCCAUCUUUUCUAUCACUCCCUUCACCUGAACAUCCCUUCAUCGAGUAAUCCUUUCUAUCUACACAGCUAUCUAGUAACCCUUUCCUACCUGAGCUCAGCGUUCCUGUAGUACAUCUUCGAUUUACCUGAAGGCGGCAGGUGAGUGCAGGCUGGCUGGCUCACUACACAAUCACUUCACUUUCUCUACGUCUCCUUUAACAUCUUCCUCUUCCUUCCCCUGCAUCAGUAAUCCCGCAGAUCUGCUUGCCUCCUCAGGUGUUAAGCAUUCCCACCUGUCCCCCACGUGCACCUGUUUGUAAAUGCUGUCUGGGUAUUGUUGUUGUUUUUCUUGCAGGGGAGUUUGUACAGCUGAUCUUCAAAUUUUCUGUUUUUAAAUAUUUCGAUUCCGCGUCUUCAUCUCUUUUAACUGAAUUCAAAAGUUUUAGAGGUUUUCAUUCGUGUAUUUUGUCUUUUUUAGUGAUAGUUUAACAAGGCUUAUGUUAUUAUUUUGAACAGGCUUUUCAAUUUGUAAGGGUUUUACUAGCCACAGAACGAAUAGAAAGGAAGGGAAAGGCGUAACUACCACUUCCGUUGUUCGUGGAGAUAGUGAUGCUAGGAAGAGGAGGAGAAACAGGAAAAUGAUAACCAGGUUUAAUAUGGUAAAAAAGAGACCUGAUAUGAUAAAAGAGAAAGAGAAGAAAAAAAAGAAAGAAAACAGUAACCACGUCUUGUAGGAUAAAAAGAUGAAGAAAAAGGAGGAGAAACAAAAACAGUAAUCAGGCAUGGUAUGUAUAAUGAAAACAGAAAGAGAAAGAAAAGCAAAAACAGUAACCAGGUGUAGCAUGAUGAAAAAAAAAAAAAAAAGAAAGAGAAAGAAACAAAGCCAGUAACCAGAUCUAGUUUGAUAAAUGAGAACACGAACAAGAAAAAAACAAAAGAAAACAAAAAGCAAAACAGUAACAACUUUAGUAUGAUAAAACAGAAAAAAAGAAAGAGAAAGAGAAACAAAACCAGCAACCAGGUCUAAUAUGAUAAAAGAGAAGGAUGCAAUAAACAAGGAUUAAUAGGAAGUACUAAACUCUCCCUUUCCUCCUCCCUUCCUUCACCUCCUCCUCUCUCCUCUCCCUUCCUCCUCCUCCUCUGCCUUCCUCCCUGUUGCUCUCCUCCACGCUUUCCUUCAAGUUCUCUCCUCUCUCUCCUCACCUCUCAAAUCUCUCUCUCCAUUUUUCAGCGCUACCUUCUCCCUCUCCACUCCUUCCCUCUCUCCCUCUUUCCCUCCACUCCGCCUCUAACCUCUGCUCUCCUCCAGCUCUCCACUCCUCUCAUCUCUUUCAUUUGCGCUCCUCCCUCCUUCCUCCCUCUCUCCACCCUUCAAGUCUCUCUCCCCUCUUAUCCCUCCGGCUCUCUCUCUCUCUCUCUCUCUCUCUCUCUCUCUCUCUCUCUCUCUCU